AUCACAUGAUCCUCCUGGCGCACAAAAGCGAAACGAAAUGACUAAAUAAGACUGAAUAUAAAAAAAAUUAAUAAAUCAAUUACAAUACGGGUAGAUAGACAAGUUGGCGAUUGCGCAUGCGCACCGGCGGUAGGAUGUGAGUCAGCAGUCGUCUCUUAGUGGGCAGCUGAACGGCAGGCAGAGGGAAGACGCGGCCAGCAAGCGGUCAAACCAGCAAAACUUGCCACUUAAACACACAAAAUCAACAAAACAAAAGCAACAAAAAUAAAAAAAUAAAUGUUUUAAUUACUAGCGAAUUCUAAGCAGAGCAAAACUACAAAGAAAAAUCAACAAAAGCUCUCUCAGCAACUUAAAGUCUAACUAAGCGCUGAAAGCGAAAUGAUGCAAUUUGCAUUUGUUUUUUAACAUCUACUCAGCACAUUCACAGUCACAUGCGCAAACACACCAGCAAACAAACUGAUCUUACAUAUCAAGGCGUUAGCGGUCGCGCGCAUUUCAAAGGCGGACGUUCAUCGUUGAAUAAGAUAACCAAUAAAUAUACCACAGCAACACCCAAUUAUUUAGUCUGCAAACAUGGUCAAGGGCAUUUUAGUAAACCGCAAGGCGGAUGAGCCGCACAAGUCACAGCUGAAAAUGGAGCAUGCCGACCUCGUCGCCGAGAUGCAAACGGUGGAAAAUCUACCGACACACGAACGCCUACAGCUGGCUCGACUUCGUCGGGCGCAGCAGCUAAAGGUCGCACGUCAAAAGGAAAAGGAGUGGCUGAAAUUGCAACGCGCCAAGGGUAAUGCGACCUCGGCGCUCGGCAGCAGUCAUACCACACACCACUUUCGUUCGAACUCUAGCAGCGGCAGCCGGCACAUAUCCUUCGAGAGCAGCGUGGUGUUGCUCGAGGCGGCCAGUCGUAAUGAUAUGCAUGAAGUGGCGGAACUGCUGGAGCGUGGCAUUACACCGGAUGCGGCGAAUGAGGAUGGCCUGACGGCAUUGCAUCAAUGUUGCAUCGAUAAUAAUGUGGAGAUGUUGCGGCUGCUGCUGGAGUAUGGUGCGAAUGUGGAUGCGCAGGAUAGUGACAAGUGGACACCGUUGCAUGCGGCCGCCACCUGCGGUCACUUGGAGUUGGUGCGUAUACUCAUCGAUCAUGGUGCGAAUUUGCUGGCGGUGAAUACGGACGGCAAUAUGCCGUAUGAUCUGUGCGAUGAUGAGAGCACAUUGGACUACAUUGAGGCUGAGAUGUCGAAGCGCGGCGUUACGCAAGAGCUGAUCGAUGAGACGCGCUCGUCGACGGAGCGUCAGAUGCUGAAGGAUUUGAUGGAAGUGGCGCGAACAGGCGGCGAUUUGGAGGAGCCCGAUUGCCAGGGUGCGACGCCGCUGCACAUAGCUGCGGCGAAUGGCUAUGUGCGCGUGGUGGAAUUCCUGCUGGAGAUGCAUGUCAAUGUGGAUGCUGUGGAUAAGGAUAUGUGGUCACCGGUGCAUGCGGCCGCGUGUUGGGGACAUUUGGAGGUGCUCGAGAUGCUUGCGCAAUGCGGUGCUGAUCUGAAUGCCAAAAAUAAAGACGAUGAAACGCCUUCAGACAUUUGCGAGGAUCCCGAAAUCCGCGAACGCAUCGAACAACUGAAGACGGAACAGGAAAGCAAACGUCUAGCAGAGGCGCAAAGACGAAGAGUGCGCCGAUCACAAAGCAACAACACACGCGCCCAAUCUGUGCGUCGCACUUCGUUGCGCGAUAAAACGCUAACAACCAAAAAGGACGCCGUUGAAGAGGCUCGCCUUCGUCUGCAAGCGCAAGAAGUGUUCAUUGCGCCUGAUAGUGCAGCACUUACCGAUGUAAACGGUGUCAGCAACAACACUACCAAUCAUCAUCAUUCCACGUUGGCGCUAUUAGAUGGCGCCCACGACCAUACAACAGCCGCCACUACAACGUCCGCCUCCGCACACGACUACAAUUGGCUAACGAAAGCACCAACUAAUAAUAAUAUCAACGCCAAUAAUAACAAUAAUAAUACAAUUAGUACUAAUAACAACAACGAUAAGAAAGUUGCAGCCUAUACUGCUAGUCUUGCCACUACUUCAUCGGCGACGGCCGCUGCGGCGAGCGCGACAGCGACAAAUGGCAUUGCCGCCAACUCCUAUUUGCCACAUUCGCUGUCCGCCAUCGAUGUAAUGGAUGCUUCCACACAUACAUAUAAUUCGCGUCGACCACCAGAAGGUCGAGAGAAUGAUGAAUUGCAACUGAAUGCAUAUAAAGCGGGUGGUGAACAUCAUCAUCGUUCUACAUCGGCGACAGCGAUGAUUUUAAGCGAUCGUAAUAUGGCAGCAGCGGCGACAUCGACUGCCGGACCAGAUGCGGUGCACAUACAGUCCAGUAAAGAGGCGGCGAAUGGCAAGAUAAAUGUGCAAGUGACGGUGCUAGUGGACACCACAAAUACCCAUCAUCAUCAUCAACAACUACAACAAGGUCAGCAAAUGCCAGCAACGGCUAUGACAGCCACACUAAUACAACCGCAUACACUCUCCAUGGAGAGCCUCAACUCUGCAUCGGCUUCUUAUGCUGCAGCCACAUUGGCCAAUUUGAAGAAGCAACGUUCCCUCUCGCGCACAAACAAUGUAUUGAUUAGUGAAAAUGGUUCUGUUCUAGGAGCCGCUAAUAACACCAGCAAUACGAUCAACAAUCAUUUGCAUACAGGCAAUUCAUCCAACAAUAACAACUCAAUUGUGUCGGCGGGUGAAAUAAGCGGUGCUGGUGGCGCAGUGCAUCAACAACCACUAAGCGGGGGUCUACAUCCUAGUCUUCUAGAUUUCAAUGGUACGAGCGGCGGCAGCUUAACGAGCGGUGGUGAUCAGUCUACCGGUUACUCGAAUGCUUCAUCGGUGAACAAAUUUAGCGGCAUAACGGGUGAUGUGGUUAGUGAUAGUACGCGUUCCAAGAAAUGUUGUACGUUAAUGUGAAUGCAAAUACAAAUACGGAAUCGUGGAGGAGAGGUGUGUUACAGUAUUUCAAGCGGCAUACGAGGAACAAAUGUAUUUAGAAAGCCAGUUAGGCAGUUCAAGUCCAGCAUGCAGUAUUUUCUUCUGCAACAAUGCAACAGGGUAUUAAAUAAAUUAGUGCGUAUUUAAUAUUAGAAGCACUGCAAACACACAAAACUAAGCAGAAUUUACACCUUUUUUAAUGUGAACACAAUGCAUCACACACACACACACAGCAAGUUAAUUGAAUGCUACUGAGCGCUAAGUGGAGUGCUACUCACCAUUAAUAUUAUCAGGUUUGGCUGAAGCACAGGCACAUAUGUACAUACCCUAUAGAAUUUGGGAGCAUCGUAUAAUUGCUCGAUGUGUACUCCCUUGGAAGUAUAUGAAUACUCCACAUUGCUCCCUAUGCUUCUGUGUAUGUAACUUUGUAUACUCCCUUAAACAUUGUAUGGCCUAGGAGGGCGAGUAAACCUUUUUACCUCCUAAACGAGCAAUCGGGGUGAGAAAUAUCUUCCCACAAACCUCCUAAGGGAGCAAUAGGGAGGUACUACCAUAAUAACCUCCCAAACGAGCAAUAAUGGAGUACUCCCAUAAACUUCAUCCGGAUACCUCUUCAAAGAGUAAUUAAAGAGCAUUUCCGUGUGUCCUACUCUUACACUGAUUUUAAAAGA